AGACAGGUUAUUAACUCAGCUUCAAUCCGUCAGAAGUCGCCACCCGCAGGAGGAGCUCACACACAUAAACACAGACCUGUCUGCAUACUCACUGCAACACAGCGUCAAGCAAUAUGAGCACAGGUGGAACACAAACCCCUCCACCCUACCUCCUACCAGUUGAAGAUCAGGGGUCUGGGGUGAAGGUUUACCACGUGCAUACCCCAUUCGACCCUCCUGAAUCACUGCAAACCGCUGCUGCCACCAAGGUCACACCAGUGUACACCAGUGGAGGCGGAGGCGGAGGCGGAGGGGACGGCAGAAAGAAGUUUGUGAGUUACGAUGUGGGUCUGGGUCGUUCACCCGGCAUGACAACCUGCACGUCCUGCCAGCAGCAGGUCAUGACCAAUGUCACUUAUAAAGCAGGAACAUACGCAUGGCUCAUGUGCAUACUCUUCAUCUGCUGUGGAUUGUUCCUGUGCUGCUGCUUGAUUCCAUUCUUUAUGGACAGCUUCAAGGAUGCGUACCACACAUGCCCACGCUGCAACAAAAUCCUGCACGUUGAGAAGAAGGAGUGCUGUAAAUAAUAAGCAGCGAGAAAAGAUGGACCCAUAGAAAUAACAAGCACCAUCCUGUUAGCUUUGUCUGCCUCUGGAUCGCCUGAGAACAAGAGUUAAUGGACACUGACUUGCUUAUUUCUAUGGACAAACCGUUGGGGUUGACAAAAAUCAAACAUUAAACAACUUCUGCUCUGCAUUAGAAUAUUAGGAAACAUACUACGAGUGGUUGUGUUGCCAGACAUUUAACCAGUAAAUUAAAAAAAAUUACAACCUCUGGCAGGUUAAAUUACGUCCAACACACUUUUCUACAGAUCUGUUAUAUUUUCACCAACCUUAAUUUGCAGACGUUAUGCUGGUAAAAUGAAGGCUUGUGUACAGAUUUCAUGUUUGAAAGCUAAACCAAUCAUCUCGCCACUUGGAGGGACUUUUGCACAAACAACCUAAUGAAACAAACCAACACAAUAAACAAGUGUACAGGGUAGAGGCGAGAGGAGUUGCUGCUGAUAGUCAUUGCACAAUUAGUGUUUGUGUUGGGAUGUUUUGUUGAAGGUUUCUGCCUAUGAGACUUUGCUUUAUGAAUUAACCUGUAGAUUUCAUGUUUAUUUACUCAGAAAAUUACACUUUUAUUUUUUAAGGUUUACACACUACACAAUCAUUUUAAUCUGGAGAAAAAUAGGAAAAUCUAAUUAAAUUACAUAUAAAUCUAUAUCUAUAUAUAGAUGUAGAUUUAUAUGUAUAUAUAUAUAUAUAUAUAUAAACGUGUGAUCUUCUGUCUCUGAACAGCUAGCUGCUUGAUGAUACACUAAUGUGCUUCGUCUCAGAUUCAUGGAUGAAACUGAGCACGCUCGGACUUCCGUUAUUUAUCUAUCUGCUGGAAAAUAUUGUUUCUCCAAUAAAAAAUCUAGAAUAUAUAGAUGAUA